AUGAAGCUUUUUAAGUUUUUGGCCGUUUUUGCUCUUGGUUCAGCAAACUUGGCUGAAGCAGAGGACAAUUCUGUGAUUGUAGGAGUCCUUCAAAGGGUGAUGGAGAAAGGAGCGCACCCAGAUACGGCUCAGCAAGCUUUAGACGUCGUUGGAGGAGCAGAUGAGUUUCUCGAGACUUUGGAAACAACUGAUAACGAAAUUCUCCAACACGAAAUCGACGUUCGAGGAGGUCUGGAUGCUGUCAAAGCUCGACUUGCAGAGCUCUUUUCUGCUCCAAGUUCUGCCAUUGGCAAUGGAGUCGCAGCCUUGCGGACUCUUUUUUUUGCUGGGCUAAUGAUGAUGCUGCAAAAUUAG